AUGAAGAAGAGAAAGGAAAAGGCUAGUGUUGUGGCAGAGGGUGAUGGUGGUGUUAAAGAUUUGGAUAGUGAGAUCCACGAACAUACCCUUUUCUUUGACAAGUUGAUUGAGUUGAUACCUGCCAAGUUUUAUCUGUCAACUGAUGACAAGGAGAAGCCAUGGUUUCAGGGUCUCAGCAAGGCUGCAAAGGCUGAAGCGAAGAGGGAGACCAAGGAGAAUAUCAAAAAGUCUCGGAGGGACCGUUUGGACCCAGAAAAACCCGCUGCAACUACCCUUUACCUUCUCAAAGAGAGCUUGGGAAAAGAGAAGGUGGAUGAUGGUGAUGAAGAGCAGGGUGCGGCGGUGGCUAAGCCGCUUGUUUCUGGAUUGGAAGGAGAUGAUCGAUCUGUGACUUAUGAAGAGCUUCGGCAAAGGCUUCAUCGCAAACUUGAAGAGUUUCGGUCAGGUCGUAACUGUGGGAAUUCAGAGAAGAGGAGGGAUGAGAGAAAUGCUAGGAGAGGAUUUAAGGACAAGAAACGCAAGAGGGAUGAUGAAACUGAGGAAGGUAACAAUGUGAGUGCUGAGUUGGAGGAGAAAGUAAAGAAGGACGCAGCGGAGGCCUCCAAGGAGCUUGUCUUUGGCCAUGUUAAACUUCAGAAUGAGGAAAUGCUACGGAAGAAGAGAAAACUUUCAAAACAUAAGGAACUUGAAAGGGCUAAGAAGUUGGAGGAAGUGAAAAAGAAUGAUCCUGAGAAGGCUCAAGCUUUUGCCAAGAAGCAAUCGUGGAAAGCAGCAAUGGAUAGAGCUUCAGGGAUUAAGGUCCAUGAUGAUCCCAAACUACUGCAGAAAAGCAUUAAUAAGGAGAAGAAGCAGCAGAAGAAGAAUGCAGAUAAAUGGAAGGAUAGAAUUCAAACGAGGGACCAGUUGAAGGCGGAGAAACAGCAGAAAAGGUCAGAGAAUAUAGCUGGGCGAAUUCAUGAGAAGAAAAUGCGAAAAAUUGCCAAAAGAGAGAAAAAACUUAUGCGACCAGGCUUCGAAGGUCGCAAAGAAGGUUUUAUGAAUGAUGGUGGUGCCAGUUAA